AUGUCCUCCUACCACCUCCACAUCACCAACAAAAACUACUCCUCCUGGUCCCUCCGCCCCUGGCUCCUGAUGAAGGAGCUCUCCCUCCCCUUCGAGGAGCACCUCCACCCGCUGGCCCCCGGCUCCGGCUACCGCCAGCCCCAGUGGAAGUCCUUCUCCCCCGUCUGCCACGUCCCCUGCUUGCACUACCACCACCCCCCUUCCGGCUUCUCUGAUCCAAUCAUCCUGUGGGAAUCCCUCGCCAUCGUCGAGUUCCUCCACGAGCAGUUUCCCAACAGCAGAAUCUACCCCGACUCCCUACCCGCACGCGCCUGGGCACGGUCAGCAGUGGCGGAGAUGCACGCCGGGUUUGGGAGCAUAAGGCAGGAGAUGGGGAUGAAUGUUUCCAUUCGUGUGGAGCUGUCAGACGAGGCGUUUAACGAGGGGUUGGUGAAGGACCUGAGGAGGAUCAACGAGGUUUGGGAGGAAGGGCUAGCAAAGUUUGGGGGGCCUUUCCUUGCGGGAGGGGAGUUUGGGGCGGUGGAUGCUUUUUUCGCGCCGGUGGUGUUGCGGCUUGGGAGUUACUUGGGGGCGGGGGAAAGGUUCCUGGGGGAGAGGGCGAAGGGGUAUAUGGAGAGGAUCAAUGGGCUGGAGGGCGUGAGGGAGUGGGUUGCUGCCGGGGUGAAGGAGAAGGAGAGGCAUGAGGCGCAUGAGGUGGAGAGCUUGGAGGGGCCGGGGAGGAAGCUGGUGAGGGAUUUGAGGGAGGAGGAGCAAAGUUCGGGGCGAGCGUGA